AUGGAGUCAAAUACAAGUGAUAACAACAAUUCUAUCCAGGCUUCUUCUUCUUCUACUGAGACAAACAAGAAGCGUAAUAAUAAUCGCCGUCGUUACAAUAAUAACAAACGCGAAAAGAAAGAAGAAAAAUCGCGCCAACAUCAAAAAAAGAAAGAACCCUUAAAGAGUUUUAUUAAAAAAAAGCUUACAACUAAUCCAGAAGAAGUUAAUGCUGAUGAAGAAGGCGAAGUAUGUUUUAUCUGUACUCGCCCUAUUGAUUAUUAUGCUGUAGCUCCAUGCGAUCAUCGCACAUGUCAUUUGUGUACGUUAAGAUUAAGAGUAUUAUAUAAAACAAACAAUUGCGCUUAUUGUAAGAUGGAAGCUAAACAAGUUAUAUUUACAAAUGUUGGCGAAAAGCCUUAUGAAGAUUAUAAACCAGAAGAUACACCAUUUUAUGAUAAGAAAUAUGGUAUUAAAUUUGAAACCAAAGAUAUGUAUAAAGAAAUGAAAGCUAUUCUUCAAUAUAACUGUCCUGAACAAGACUGCGAAGAAGCAUUUGAGAAUUGGACUGAACUUAAGCGUCAUGUAAAAAAGGCUCAUGAACGAUUAUGUUGUGAUCUUUGUUUAAGAAACAAAAAAAUCUUUUCACAUGAACAUACUUUGUACACUCAAGCUCAAAUUCAAAAGCAUUAUCGCGAAGGGGAUGCUUCAUUUAAUAAGGAUGAUGAAACUGGAUUUACAGGUCAUCCAGAAUGUGUCUUUUGUAGAACUCGAUUUUAUGGUGCAGAUGAGUUAUUUGAACAUUGUCGAGAUAAGCAUGAACAAUGUCAUCUUUGUGUUCGAAGAGGAAUUCAACAUCAAUACUAUGCUAAUUAUGAUAGUUUGGAAAAACAUUUUAAAAAAGAACAUUAUCUAUGUCCUUAUCAAGAAUGUUUGAACAAUAAAUUUGUUGUAUUUGAUUCUGAUAUUGAUCUAAAGGCUCACGAGGUAAAAGAACACGGAAACUUACUUUCACGUCAACAAAGAGCGAAACAAAGUGAAGCGCGUCGUGUUGAUGUUAACUUGAGUUAUGCUGGUAGCCCUCAUCAACAACAGCGCAGUAAUAAUAGUAGUAGAAAUAGUAAUCCUGUCAAUUUAGCAUCAGCAGAAGAGUUUCCUAAUAUUGAUGGCUCAACUACAACAAAUAAUGUUACAGCACUAUUAGCCUCCAGAUUAGCUUCUACAGUUAUAACGCCACAGGAAGAAUGGCCAAUGUUGGGUGAGGAAAACAAUAGCAAUGUAGCUAGUGGAAGAUCUUCACCUAUCAUUCAUAAUCAUGAAUCAGAUACAGUUAUUGUUUCUCGUCAUGCUGCUGCUCUUGAUCGUAUUGCUGAUAUAUUUAAGAAUGUUGAAAAAGUGAUCAAGUUUCGUCAAUUAGUAACUGGGUUUACUAGUUUAAGCACAAAUACAGCUACUUUUGUUAAUUCAGUUUAUGAUUUGUGCGACAAAGAUGCAGGAAUGGCAGCUAAAGUAUUAACUGGAGCAAAAGAUCUAAUUGAUAACCAAUCUUUAAAAUCUGAUAUGAUCCGAACAUGGAAUCAAAAAAAGAAUUCAUCUUCUCCCUUAAGAGAGGAUGAAAAUGAUGGAAGCCAUGCAUCCAAUGUGUUAGUAGUGAAUCUAGACAAUCAAAGAAGUCAACAACAAAAAAGAAAAAAUAACCCUGGAUAUUGGGAUAAGGUAGCAUCUGCAGCUAUUAAUGCAAGUAGUAGUAGUAGUAGUCGAACCUAUCAUAGUACACCCUGGAGUGGUGCAUCAAGUUCACGUACCAAUUCAGAAAAUGAUUUACAAGCACUAUUUCCUGCCCUACCCUCCUCAGCAGCUAGUUCAUCUAGAAGAGUUGCUAUUAAUUCAAUGAUAAGAAGAACAAAUAAUACAAAUGCAUGGGGAGGAGAACCAUCAUCAAUAAGCAAUAAUCCAAACGAUUCUGAGCUUUCAGAUAAUAAUGAUACCAUAAACAAUAGAAAGAAAAAGGGAAAGAAAGGUAAACAAGUUCUAUUCCGCGUUGGUUUAUAA